AUGGAUAAAUCAAUUUCAGAAGAACCAUCAUAUCAACCUCAAGUCGAAGAAAGUGGAUCAUAUUCUUAUUCUACAAGUUCAAAAGAAAAGAAAGAAGAGCAAGAAGAAAUUAAUGAAUCUAAAUUAAAACAAAAACAACAUAAUGUUAUACUUUACCCAAGGCUAAAACCAGUACCGUUUAAAGAAUCAGAUUUAAAUUCCACUAUAUUACCUACACUAAAUAAAGAGAUCGAAAUAAAUGGAAUUGAAUUUUUUCAAAGUGAAGAUACUCCAUUAAACAGGCGUGGGUUUAAAUAUAAAUUAUGUCGACCUAAUCCAACUUUUUCAUCAAAUUUAUACUCAACUACCGAAAUUGAACCAUUUAAAAUCACAACCAGUUUAUUUGAUAGAAGUGGUGGUAUAUUAUUCAAUGAAGAUUUGUCUACAAUAACUACAAAACAAGGCUGGAGAAGUACCAGGACAAAUGUAGGUAUCGAUGAAGGUUCAUAUUAUUUUGAAUUUAAAAUUUUACAAGCUAAUGAAAAAUCUCAUGUUAGAAUUGGAAUAGGUAGAAAAGAAGCUAGUUUGGAAGCACCUGUAGGGUUUGAUGGUUAUGGAUAUGGAAUUAGAGAUGUUGAUGGAUAUUUAAUGUCCAUAAGUAGAAGGAAAAAACAAGUAAUUGAAAACGGAUUUGAAACUGGUGAUGUUAUUGGUAUAUUAAUUGAAUUACCAUCAUUAGAAGAACAUAGAAAGAUGGUAAAAGAUUUUGAAGAUGUCAAGAAGGAGGAAUUAAAGCACCAAAAAUUAAAGAAAAGAAAGAUGGCUAAAAAGAAAGUAGAUCUCGAGGAAAACAUCAAAUUUGAUGAAUUUGGAAACAUUGUAAGAGAUCAAAUACCCAUUCGAUAUAAAAAUGCAUUAUAUUAUGAGCAAUACGAAUAUUCCUCAACCAAAACUAUGGAUCAUUUAUUAAAUCCAAUUUCAGUGGUUGGUGAAAAGGCUAUUAUUGAAAUGGACGAUAAAACGAAAAAUAUACCAAUUAUUGAAAAUUCAAAAAUUACAUUUUAUAAAAAUGGUGUUAAACAAGAUGAAUUUACUGAUUUAUAUUCAUUUUUGCCUACUAAUGUUGAAGAUAAUGAAGAUAUAAAUUUGGGUCCAAAUAUUAAACAACAACAAAAUCCAAAUUACAAAAAUACAAACGAUGGUAGUUUAGGUUAUUAUCCAAUGUUAUCAUCUUUUCAAUACGGAUGUGUUAAAUUAAAUCCAGGACCAUAUUUUGAGUACCCAGUUACACAUCCUGUUAAACCUUUAAGUGAUAGAUAUGAUGAAUCAAUAAUUGAAGAAUGGUAUUGGGAUUUAUUAGAUGAAGUAGAAGCUGAAUAUAUGGAUUCAUUUGAUUAA